UCCCGGUUUCUGUUGUUUGCUUCGCGCGCUUUCUUCUGCUGCACCUUCUUCUUCUUCCUCAUCUCUGAAACGGAGAAGAGUAAGGGAGAGAGAUGGAACACGUACAGGAGGCAAUGGAAGAUUUGAAUCUGUCUGCGGCUACCCAGAAGAAGAACAGGAUUCAGGUUUCCAACACCAAGAAGCCCCUCUUCUUUUACGUCAACCUCGCCAAGAGGUACAUGCAGCAGUAUAAUGAGGUGGAGCUCUCUGCUUUGGGGAUGGCCAUAGCUACGGUGGUGACUAUUGCUGAGAUAUUGAAGAACAAUGGACUGGCUGUGGAAAAAAAAAUCCAGACAUCAACCAUCGAUAUGAAGGAUGAAAAUAAAGGCCGUCAAGUGCACAAGGCCAAGAUUGAAAUAUUGCUUGGGAAGACGAAGGAUUUUGACAAUAAAAUGACUGCAACUACAGAUGAAAAGAAAGAAGCUGCAGCUGAGAAGAAGGAUACGGAAGGUGACCAGGAAUAAAAGAUACAAAGCUUGGUGAUCCUGCUGUGGAUGUACAGGCUUCUUGUUUGUACCUUAGGUGUUAAGCUGAAUUUCUGUAGACAAAUUGUUAGUGAGAUAGUUGUCUGUACGGAUAUUCCUGUAGCUAUAGUUGAGUUCCUGUGGGCAUGAUUUAGAUCUUUCUUUUCUGAUAUUCUUGAAUUGAACAGUGAAAUUUCUGUUUGUAGCU